AUGCUCGGGGGAGAUUCAGGGACGCUCUGGAGUGAUGCAGGGAUGCUCUGGGGGCUGCGGAGUUGCUCCGGGGGGACGCAGGGACGCCCAGUGCUCGUCGGCCCCGGGGGGGCGGGAGGCGGAGCGGGCCGGGGAGGGGCGGCAGCCCCGCGGCUGCGGCGCGGAGCGGAGCGGGCGAUGGAGGGCGGCGGGGCGAUGAACGGCUCCGCCGCCACCGGCCGCUUCGCCGCCGCGGGCGCGGCGGCUCUGGGCGUGCUGAUGGCCCUGCUGAUCGCCAUCACUGUGGCCGGCAACGCGCUGGUGAUGCUGGCCUUCGUGGUGGACUCCAGCCUGCGCACACAGAACAACUUUUUCCUUCUCAAUUUGGCCAUCUCGGACUUCCUAGUAGGUGCCUUCUGCAUUCCCUUGUACGUGCCCUAUGUGCUGACGGGGAGAUGGAUCUUCGGGAGAAGCAUCUGCAAACUCUGGCUGGUUGUCGAUUACCUGCUCUGCACCUCUUCAGUCUUCAACAUCGUAUUGAUCAGCUAUGACAGAUUUCUCUCGGUGACAAGAGCGGUAGCCUACAGAGCCCAACAAGGCAACACUAAGCAAGCGGUGCUGAAGAUGGUGAUGGUGUGGGUGUUAGCCUUCCUGCUUUACGGACCUGCCAUUAUCAGCUGGGAGUACAUAUCAGGCCAGAGCAUCAUACCCACCGGCCAAUGCUAUGCUGAAUUUUUCUACAACUGGUAUUUUCUCAUGACAGCCUCUAUGCUGGAGUUUUUCACCCCUUUCAUCAGUGUCAUGUUUUUCAACCUGAGCAUUUACCUGAACAUACAGAAACGUACCAAAAUCCGCCUGCAUAUUUUCCAUGAAGUGCACAACCAGUCCUUCACCGAAGAGAUGGAAACGAGCCCAGAAGCAAAGCUUUCUUUGAAAUGCUGUAAGUGGGAGCAGAAGGAGCCAGCUGAAACUCUUGACCUCUCUAAGAGCAAAGCUCAAGCAGCAGCUUCCACUGCCAGCCUGGGUGCCAAAGAUCUGCUGUCUACAAGCUCUGAGAGCUUCAGGAAACCCAAGGGUUGUAACAAAAAGAGCUGUAAAAAUACAGCAUCCACCCCAUCCUUAGAGAAACAGAUGAAGGUGGUAUCCCAGAGCAUGACUCAACACAUCAGGCUCUCUAGAGACAAGAAAGUGGCUAAAUCACUGGCAGUCAUUGUGGGCAUCUUUGGGAUCUGCUGGGCACCAUACACUCUCCUGAUGAUCAUCCGUGCUGGCUGCCACGGCCACUGCAUCUCUGACUAUUGGUACGAGACUUCCUUUUGGCUACUGUGGAUCAACUCAGCUGUCAACCCUGUCCUAUACCCUCUCUGUCACUACAGCUUCAGAAGAGCUUUUAUGAAACUCCUCUGCCCCAAGAAGCUAAAGAUUCAGCCUCACGAUCCCCUUCAGAACUGCUGGAAGUGA